CAGCCAUGGCCUGGAUGAAUGGCACCCCUUCUCCCCACCCCUCACAGAAAUCUAGUAGGUGUGACUCUGAUUGGCUGCAUCUUCUCUGACAUGAUGCCUUCUCACUGGCUCAGCAAACUGUCCAAUUAGACACACCGGAUCAACAAUGAAGAGCAACAUGGGGUCUUUUUCUUCAUGCUGCUAAAUACAGCUUCUCCAGUCUGCUGCUUAUAGGGGUUCCACGAGGCUCAGUCUUCGUCAUCUGUGAAGUUCUCUCACUACAAAAGCCAUCAGAAGGAUGCCUGGAAUCUGGAAUAUGGUGAUGAUAGCAUUUGAAGACCUGGCUGUGUACUUUACGUGGGAGGAAUGGCAGAAAAUGAACAACACUCAGAAAACCCUGUACAGAGAUGUGAUGCUGGAGACCUACAGCAGCCUCUUCUCCUUGGGGCACUGCACUACCAAACCUGACUUGAUCUUCAAGUUGGAGCAAGGAGAAGAGCCAUGGAUGGUGGAUGAAUGCUUGAAUCAGAGCCUUUCAGUGGUCAUGAAAAGGGAUGACCUGAUUAGGAUCAACCAGAAAAGUCAGGACAAAAAUCUGAAUCAGGAUUUUAUGAAAAAUAACAAGACAUCAGCUCACAAGAGAGUUGAAUUAAGAAAAACCCUUAGUUUAAAUUCAAGCCAUAUUCCAACACUGAUUAUUAAAAAGGGAAUCUAUUCAGGGUUGAAGCCUGAGGAAUGCAAUAAAUAUCACACUGUGUAUCCCCCCAGUGGGCCUGGUCAACUACAGGCUGAAGAGAAAUUUGAUAAUACUAAGAUACCUGGAAAAUCUCUCCAGUUCUGUGAACCUCUUGGUCAGCAUGACAAUAUUCACAUCAUGAAGCAGCCAUUUGGACCCACUGGACAAGCAAAAGUCUUCACAAGAAAGAUGUUCUGUAAAUCUGAGAGGGUUCACAUGGCAGAAAACUGUAAUAAAUCAACUGUCACUUUUGGAAAAGCAACUCAAAUAGAAAAAGCUAUCUAUGAAAAUUCUAGCCUCAAUAUGCAUCAACAAGCUCACACAAGAAAGAAAUUUUAUAAGUACAUUAGGUAUGUUGAACCUGUCAUUCACCAGUCACAUCUUGCAAUAAAUCAGAGACUAAAUACUAGGGAAAAACUUUACACAUGGAACUCUUGUGGAAAAUCAGUCAGUAUUAAUUCACCUUAUGAAUGUAAUGACUGUGGAAAAGCCUUUGGACAAAAGUCAGUCCUCAGGAAACAUCAGCAAAUUCACACAGGGGAGAAAGCUCAUGAAUGUAGUGACUGUGGAAAAGCCUUUACAGAAAAGUCAUACCUUAUAAACCAUCAGCAAAUUCACACAGGGGAGAAACUUUAUAAAUGCCUUCAUUGUGGAAGAGGCUUUCAGUGGAAGUCAUACCUCAUAUUACACCAGAGAAUUCACACAGGGGAGAAACCCUAUGAAUGUAAUGACUGUGGAAAAGCCUUUGGACAAAAGUCACACCUCGUACUGCACCAGAGAAAUCACACAGGGGAGAAACCUCAUAAAUGUAAUUACUGUGGAAAAGGCUUUGGACACAAGUCAGCCCUCCUCAUACAUCAGCGAAUUCACACAGGGGAGAAACCUCAUAAAUGUAAUGACUGUGGAAAAGCAUUUGGAAGAAAGUCAAACCUCAUACUACACCAGAGAAUUCACACAGGGGAGAAACCUCAUAAAUGUAAUGACUGUGGAAAAGCCUUUGGACAAAAGUCAGGCCUCAUUGUACACCAGAGAAUUCACACAGGGGAGAAACCUCAUGAAUGUAAUGACUGUGGAAAAACCUUUGGACGAAAGUCAGGCCUCAUUGUACACCAGCAAAUUCACACAGGGGAGAAACCUCAUAAAUGUAAUGACUGUGGAAAAGCCUUUGGACGAAAGUCACACCUCAUCAGACACCAGCAAAUUCACACAGGGGAGAAACCUCAUAAAUGUAAUGACUGUGGAAAAGCCUUUAGACACAAGUCAGACCUCAUGAGUCAUCAGCGAAUUCACACAGGGGAGAAACCUCAUGAAUGUAAUGACUGUGGGAAAACCUUUGGAUACAAGUCAAACCUCAUGAGUCAUCAGCGAAUUCACACAGGGGAGAAACCUCAUGAAUGUAAUGACUGUGGGAAAACCUUUCGAAACAAGUCAGGCCUCAUCGUACACCAGCGAAUUCACACAGGAGAGAAACCUCAUGAAUGUAAUUACUGUGGAAAAACCUUUGGACACAAGUCAUCCCUCCUCAUACAUCAGCGAAUUCACACAGGGGAGAAACCUCAUAAAUGUACUGACUGUGGAAAAGCCUUUGGAGAAAAGCCAUACCUCAUCAUACACCAGCGAAUUCACACAGGGGAGAAACCUCAUAAAUGUAAUGACUGUGGAAAAUCCUUUGGAAGAAAGUCACACCUCAUCAGACACCAGUGAAUUCACACAGGAGAGAAACCUCAUGAAUGUAAUGACUGUGGAAAAGCCUUUGGACGAAAGUCACACCUCAUGGUGCACCAGAGAAUUCACACAGGGGAGAAACCUCAUGAAUGUAAUGACUGUGGAAAAGACUUUGGACGAAUGUCAGACCUCAUCAUACAUCAGCGAAUUCACACAGGGCAGAAACCUCAUGAAUGUAAUGACUGUGGAAAAGCCUUUGGAUGAAAGUCAGACAUCAUGAUACACCAGCAAAUUCCCACAGGGCAGAAACCUCAUGAAUAUUACUAUGGAAAAACGUUUACACAAAAGUCACACCUCAUCGUGCACCAGAGAAUUCACACAGGGCAGAAACCUCAUGAAUGUAAUGACUGUGGAAAAGCCUUUGGAUGAAAGUCAGACCUCAUGAUACACCAGCGAAUUCCCACAGGGCAGAAACCUCAUGAAUAUUACUAUGGAAAAACGUUUACACAAAAGUCACACCUCAUCGUGCACCAGAGAAUUCACACAGGGCAGAAACCUCAUGAAUGUAAUGACUGUGGAAAAGCCUUUGGACACAAGUCAGACCUCAUGAAACAUCAGCGAAUUCACACAGGAGAGAAACCUCAUAAAUUUAAUGACCGUGCAUUUGGAAUAAAGUCACACCUCAUCAUACACCAGAGAAUUCACACGGGGCAAAAAUCUCAUGAAUGUAAUAACUGGAAAAGCCUUUGGACACAAGUCAUACCUCAUCAUAUACCAGAGAAUUCACACAGAGGAGCAACCUCAUAAAU